UCGGAAGUUGUUUAUUAUCCAAGCCAAUAUCAAGUGCAGUAGACAGUGUUAGGUACACGCAAAAUUCCGUGGCAUCUAGCAGAAUAAAACUAAAGCUAAAUAGACCUUUCUGUUCAUUAAAACCGUGUAAGUCCUCUUUUAUCCGCCGGAGAAAAUGUCUGCUAUGAUUCCUCGCAUCGAGCAGCUCUCCUGCAGGGUUCUGCGCGUGCUGGGCUGCAAUCCCGGACCUAUGACACUACAGGGAACCAACACGUACCUGGUGGGAACUGGGAAAAGGCGUGUGUUAAUAGAUACGGGGGAGCCUUCUGUUCCUGAGUACAUCUCUAACCUGAAGCAAGCUCUGUGCCAGAGCGAAUCCUCUAUCCAGGAGAUUCUGGUCACACACUGGCACCAUGACCACACAGGAGGAGUACCCGACAUCCUUACAAACAUACACUCAGAUUUGCAGGUGAGUAAACUCCCUCGUUCUCCCCCACAGCCAGAGGUAAUUGGAGAUGAGAAGAAUAAAUACACAUACCUUAAGGAUGGGGAUAUUAUUAAGACAGAGGGAGCCACAUUAAGGGUCUUAUUCACCCCAGGCCACACUGAUGACCACAUGGCUCUGUAUCUGGAGGAGGAGGGAGCGGUGUUCUCUGGAGACUGCAUUCUGGGGGAAGGGACAGCUGUGUUUGAGGACCUACAUGAUUACAUGCUCUCACUUCAGAUACUGCUUGACAUCAGUGCAGACAUUAUCUACCCAGGUCAUGGCCCUGUGGUGUUAAGUGCAUGCAGUAAGAUCCAGGAGUACAUUUCCCAUCGCAUUAACCGUGAGCAGCAGAUUCUGGCUGUGCUGAGAGAUAACCCUGGGGAUGCCUUCAGUUCCUCUGCCCUGGUUAAACUGGUGUACAAGGACACCCCUGAACACUUACACAGAGCUGCAGAAAUCAACCUGGUUCAUCACUUAAAAAAACUACAGAAGGAAGGAAAAGUAUUUUUGGUUGGAGAGUCAAAAAAGUGGAAGAGCAACCUGUGACCACCAUCAUAGCAAACAUGCACAAAAAAAUUAAUUGUGGAAUAAUUAAUGUGUGUACUACAAAUGCAUUUGUUAUAUUAUGUAUAUUUUUAGUGUUGCAGAAAAUAUUUGAAAAUGUAAUCAAAUCUGUCAGCACUUUUACUAUUAAACUUCUAACUAUUAUAUACCUA